GUUUGAAAUAAAUAGAAACCCAUGAGAGACUGGUGUCAAACGUUGAUAAGUGAGUUUCUAUAGUUUUAUGUUUUAAAUGCUUUAAUCAUUAGUCCUCCGCAGCUGCUCUACAGCAAUAUAUAGGAAAUAUACAUAUGUGAAUCGGAAAAUCACAGAAAAAAAGUCUAUAAGAAAAUAGUUUAAUUCAGUUCAGAAUUUAGGUUAAAAGCUUAGUUUAUAUUUAAUAUAAAAUUAUCAUCUUAUAAAACUGUGAUCUGGGCCAACAUUUUAAAAUAAAUUUUCUUUAAAUGACUUCAAUCAUAAAGUUGCAAGUCCUCUCUGGGGCCAUGGAUGAAUCUCCCCCAUGCUACAUUUUACAAGUAGAUGAAGUUCGCAUUCUAUUAGAUUGUGGUUGGGAUGAAAAGUUUGAUCCGAAUUUUAUUAAAGAACUGAAAAGGCAUGUUAAUUCAAUUGAUGCUGUGUUGUUAUCUUAUCCAGAUGUAUCUCAUUUAGGGGCCCUUCCUUACAUCGUUGGAAAAUUAGGUCUUAAUUGCCCUAUUUAUGCUACCAUACCGGUGUACAAAAUGGGACAAAUGUUUAUGUAUGAUUUAUAUUUAUCGCACUAUAACAUGUAUGAUUUUAACUUGUUUUCGUUGGAUGAUGUUGAUGCGGCUUUUGAUAAAAUUGUACAAUUAAAAUAUAACCAGACAGUUUCUAUGAAAGGCAAAGGUUAUGGUAUUACAAUAACUCCCUUACCAGCGGGUCAUAUGAUUGGUGGAACUAUUUGGAAAAUUGUCAAGAUUGGUGAAGAAGAUAUAAUAUAUGCUGUCGAUUUCAAUCAUAAAAAAGAACGCCAUUUGAAUGGUUGCGAACUUGAAAAAUUACAAAGACCUUCAUUAUUAAUAACUGAUUGUUUUAACGUAAAAUAUCAACAAGCUAGACGACGUGCAAGAGAUGAAAAAUUAAUGACCAACAUCUUACAAACUAUGAGAAAUAGUGGAAAUGUGCUGGUAGCUGUCGAUACAGCUGGACGUAUAUUGGAGAUUGCUCAUAUGUUAGAUCAACUUUGGAAAAAUAAGGAUUCCGGUUUAAUAGCAUAUUCGUUAGCUUUUUUAACAAAUGUUAGUUACAACACAGUAGAAUUUGCCAAAUCUCAAAUUGAAUGGAUGAGUGACAAAUUAAUGAAAAAUUUUGAAGGAGCACGGAAUAAUCCUUUUCAAUUCAAACAUAUAAAUCUGUGUCAUAAUUUGACUGACUUAACCAAAGUUCCGAGUCCAAAAGUAGUUUUAGCUAGUAUGCCGGAUUUAGAGAGCGGAUUCGCAAGAGAAUUGUUUGUGCAAUGGUCAGGCAAUCCCAACAAUAGUAUAAUUUUCACUACAAGACCUUCACCAGGCACUCUAGCAAGAGAUUUAAUAGAAAAUGGAGGUAAUGGACGCAAAAUUGAGGUUGAUGUUCGCAAACGUGUAGAGCUGGAAGGUAUAGAACUAGAAGAAUACUUGCAAACAAGAGGAAAUAAACUAAAUCAACCAGAUAAAAAUGACGCACUAGAAGACUCUUCAGAUUCGGAAUAUGAUUUAGAAAUGAAUGUUAUAACAGGAAAACACGAUAUUGUUUUGAAACCAGACACAAAAGCUCCUUUGGGAUUUUUCAAAUCGAAUAGAAAACACGUUGUUUUUCCGUUUUUGGAAGAAAAGUUUAAAUCAGAUGAGUAUGGUGAAAUAAUUAACUUGGAUGAAUAUAGAAUUGUUGAUAUUUCAACUGAACCUCCUACCGAAAAUCCACAAACUUUUACAAAUGAAGUAUCGGAAAGUAUGGAGAAGGGCGAAGAUUAUAAUGUUAAUCAUGAAAAACCAACAAAAUGUGUAAGCAGCAGAAAAUUAAUUGAAGUUAAUGCACAGAUUCAAUACAUAGAUUUUGAAGGUCGUUCAGAUGGUGAGUCCAUUCUCAAAAUUCUCUCACAACUUAGACCUCGACGUGUCAUAAUUGUAAGGGGAAUGAAACAAAGUGUUGAAACAAUAUUAAAACAUUGUGAAAUAAACAUAGGUGCAAAGGUGUUUGCCCCAAGAAAAGGAGAAAUGGUGGAUGCCACUACUGAGGCAUAUAUUUACCAAAUUCGUUUGACAGAAAACCUUGUAUCUCGAUUACAAUUUCAAAAAGCAAAGGACGCAGAGGUAGCUUGGCUAGAUGCUGAGAUCGGGGUUCGUAAAAAAUUUGUAGAAGAAUUGCCUGUUGAAAAUGAUGACAAUGAUAUGCAAAUAGAGCAAACAGAUGGAAAUAAAAAUAUUUUAACUUUAGACCCUUUGGAAGCUGAUGAAAUACCUAUACAUAAUGCAGUUUUCAUUAAUGAGCUUAGGCUUUUUGAUUUUAAACAGGUUCUUCUAAAAAAUAAUAUCAAUUCAGAAUUUUCUAGUGGUGUUUUGUGGUGUAACAAUGGAAAUAUAGCUAUAAGAAGAUUGGACGCCGGACGAGUUGCUGUUGAAGGCUGUUUGUGUGAGGAUUAUUAUAAAAUAAGAGACCUUUUAUAUCAGCAAUACGCUAUUGUUUAAUAGUUUGAUUGAAAGUAUCAAAAAUGUAUGCCGUAAUAUUCUAAAUGAACAUGCUUAUUCGUAUUAAAACAUAACUUUUCGAAAAUAAUUUAUAUUUUAGCUGUAUUUUUUUAUGAUAAUAGUAAUAAUUAAAAUUAAGUAA